GUUGGUGAGUGCAUGGCCUCGACGUUGAUCCCGUUCCAAGAUUUUUACUGCAACGCCGAUAUUCCUGUAUAUAUGUAAUAUUUAGCGUGAAAUAUUUCGUGAUGGUGUUCCCAAAAAGGCCAUGGAUUUGAUGAAAACGAAAUUGUGUGCACGUGGGAGCUUUGCACUGAUGCAAGAGGCAAUUAGACGCUGAAAAUCAUGCUUUAAUCGAAAGGGAUUGGGAUGGAAGUCGAUUCUAUAAAACAUUGAUCAUAGGAAUAUGAGUUCCUAGACUUGUCAGAUGUGAGAGAAGCGGAACUGAGCAGCCUGCAGUGCGCACUGUUCGAGCGGAAGCCUCACUCGCCGGUGACCGCGUCCAACAUCGCUAACAGCGACUCUGCUAUAGAGGUGUCAUCGUGUUCAUCGAGCACGGCGACCGUGUCGAGCAGCGUGGAGGUGGUGGGCGCCGAGGGUGAGCGCGACAUGGCGCCGCACUCGCCGGCGCGCGCGGCCGGCCCGCCGCCGCCGUACGCGCAGCCACCGCCGCCAUACGCGCAGCCGCCGCCGCACCAGUGGCCCGUGGCGCCGCCCAACGUGUACGUCAGCCAGGUCACCGCCAACGUCAACGUGCACGGCUACAUGGGCCAGUACUACCAACCGCCACAGCCGCAGUACGCGCCGCCGCCGCAGGUGGAGCGCCCGCCCCGCAACCACCGCCGCGAGCGCCGCACCAAGCGCCCGCCCUCACCCCCGCCGCAGCACCCGCCCUACUACGUGCAGUACCCGCAGUACUACCACCCCGCCGCGCAGGCGCAGGGCGCGCCGCUCUACCAUCUGCCCAUGUACCAGCCUGUCGUGUACGGCCCCUACCCCUACCAGCCGUACUACCCCGAGUACCCGAUGCCGGUGGAGGGCGAGGGGGGCGAGAAAGGCCCCGACGAGUACUCGGCGGAGGUGGUGAUGGAGCAGGAGGCGGUGGAGGCGUACUACGCGGGCGCGGGCUACGCGGGCGGCGGCUACGGCGCGGAGGCGGGCGUGGAGUACCUGCCGCCGCCGCCGCCACUGUUCCUGCCGCCGCCGCACCACCACCACCCCGCGCCCGUGCCGCACCCCCAUCCGCACCCGCAGCCACACCAGUUCAACGUGUACGCCAAGAACUUCGUGCAGGGCCAGGGUCAGGCCAAGACCUUCCAGCCGCUCGACAAGCCGCAGGAGAGGAAGACGCCGCCGGUGACCGCGUCCGCCGCCACCGCCGCCGGGCCUUCGGUCGAAUCGCUGCCGAUGAAGGAUCUAAAAAUUAGCAGUAAAGGCCCCGGCAGCCCGAAGCAGAACGAGCGGCCCGCCGACAACCAAGCGAAGAUCGUCGCGACUACCGACAAAGUGUCGCCGACGCCGAAACCGGACCCUGCUAAGCCGGCGUGGGUGCCCAACGAGAACAAGCCUCUGGACGCCGCUCCGAUCAAUCUCGCGCAGGUUACAGCCAAAUCCUUCCCCCCCGUCACCGUCGCCAAUCAGACUUCCGGCGUUAAGGUUCCGCCCGUAUCGGGCAAGCCGACUAAAGGUCCGGCGGCGCCGUUCUCUGGCAACAAGCAGCCGCCGAAGCCGUCCGUGCCGCAGGUCGCCGUACCGGUCCAGCAGACCGCCUCCACGCCCAAACCUCCCUUCGGGAACCGUCAGAAGCGCGACGGCCCUACGAACCGUUCCCCGUCUAGUGAAAACGCGGAGGGCGACAGGGCUGUCGCGGCCGUUGAACACGUGAAGCGGGAGCCGCCGCUGCCGCCGAGCAAGGCGCCGAUGCCGAUAUCGAUCACGCUGCACUCGCAAGGCCCACCGCUGAUCGUGACCAACAAGAGUCCGUUCGGCCACUCGCGCAAGCCGGUGGCGCUGCCGGAGCCGGGCGCGGCCCCGCAGCCGCCGCCCCCCGCGCCCACGGCGUCGGACUUCCCCCCCGUGCCGCCGCCGCGCCACCAGCCCGCGCCGCCACCCGCUCUGCCGCCGCAGCCGCAGCCGGCGCCCGGCAAGUCCUGGGCUAGCCUGUUCUCCAACAAGACGAGCGCCCCGACCACCGCGACCGUUCCAGUACCAGCGCCCGUAGAAGAGCCCUCAAGUCCGACGACGGCGUCGCCCCCGGCCGCGACCAGUGUCCAGAAGCCAGUCGCUAAAGUGCCCCCUUUUGAUGCGUCGCCGCUGCAAGCCGCGGCCGAUAAGGGUUCGCCCGUCCUCCGUGCGACGACUGCGGCGCCUACCGUGUCCUACUCUGAGAAGACCUCUGUGAACGCGGUGAGCAACGCGGCGGCGCCGGCAGCCCCUAAGCCCGCGGCGCCGGCCCCGGUCGCGGAGGUCCCCCCGCCGCCUCCCAAAGAGACCACACCGACAGUCCCCGUUCAGCCGUCCCCGUUCUCUGAUGACCCGAACUCGUACAGGAUGGGAGAAUUCCUGUCAAAGUAUCAGCUGGACAACAGGGCAGUGACCCUCCUGCCUCGCGGGCUGACCAACCGUUCCAACUACUGCUAUGUCAACGCCAUUCUUCAGGCGCUGAUCGCCUGCCCGCCCUUCUACAACAUGCUGAAGGCCCUGCCUUACCAGACACGCCGUGGGAAGUCUAGCACGCCUGUCAUUGAUUCCAUGGUGGAAUUAUGCUAUGAGUUCAGCCCGCUAGCCGCAGCGGCUCGCCCGGGUCGCGGCGCCCGCGGCGAGACUGGCCCCGUGUCCGCCGGGCCUCCGUUAGACGGCACGGCAGGGCUCAAGGUGCUCCGGGCGCUCCGCCCCUUCCCCGGCUCGCAGGAAGGCCGUCAAGAAGACGCCGAGGAGUUCCUCGGGUGUCUACUCAACUCUCUCAACGAUGAAAUGCUAGAGCUGAUGAAACUUGUAGAGCCAGAAGAGCCUAAGGACAGUAACGGGCAGCCAAACGGCGUCAUCACACAAGAACAACCAGCUGAAGAGGAUGACGAUGAUGAUGAGUGGAAGGUGAUGGGUCCCCGCAACCGCGGCGCGGUGGAGCGCCGCUGGGCGGCGCGGCGCACGCCCGUGGCCGACAUCUUCCGCGGCCGCACGCGCGUGCGGCUGCACCGCGCCGCGCACCAUGACGUCACCGACGCCGUGCAGCCCUUCUUCACGCUGCAGCUCGACAUCGAGCGCGCGAACACGGUGAAAGACGCCUUAGAAUUGCUCGCUGGCAAGGACACUUUAGAGGGAGUGAGCGACGCGUGGCAACAGCUGUCCUUAGAACAACUGCCAGUUGUUCUCCUGCUGCAUCUCAAGUGCUUCCAACUCGACACCGAAGGCCACACCGCCAAGAUUGUCAAGACCAUCGACUUCCCUGUUGACCUCAAGAUUGAUCCCAAGAUAAUGUCGUCGAAGCUGAAGUACACACAGAAGCAACGGCUGUACAAAUUGUUCGCGGUGGUGUAUCACGAGGGCGUGGAGGCUGUCAAGGGGCACUACCUCACAGACACCUUCCACGGACAGGCUGGCUGGAUUCGCUAUGACGACUCUACAGUGACUCAAGUGACAGACACACAAGUGUUGAAGCCGAAGCCUCCGCGUAUGCCGUACCUGCUGAUGUACCGCAGGCACGACACUCUGCCGGCGCCGCACCGCGCCCCCGCGAAGCCCGAGUGAGCCUCCGCUUACGCUCGACAACUGCUGAAUCUUUACCACGCUCGGUGGGCAACUGCCCUAAGGACUCAGUACUUUACGUCCGGGAGUUAUUGGGAACAAUCGUGGCAUUGGUAGACUUACAAAUAAGUCAAUAGUUAAUGAAACGCGGUAGUUUAGGUUUUAUACCAAAUUAGAAACGAUAUUUGGAGAUAGCCGGACGUAAAUAGAAAUUAUAUUCGGAAAUAAAAAAGAUGGGGCGAGUUUCCAAUUUGCGUUUAAAUUGACAUAGUUCUACCGAGAUGACUAAAGAUUCAGCAAGAUUUUCGGCAAUUUAGAGACAGUGAUAAAACUAUUGAAGUGUAAAUAAAGCUAAGACUUACCGUGUGCCUGUCCUAGACUUUACAGCACAACGAAAGUACGUAAUGUAAGUAUACAUUGUUUUGUAAACAAAAAGGCAAUAGAGCCUAACAAGGGCAAAUAAAAUGUCAAAAAAAGUAACCAAUAAUAGCAACUCUUUAAUUCCUUACGUUAAUCACUUACAGUUUACUUUCACUUGUUGAUGCCUUAACAAAAAUCUGAUCUGCAAAAAGUUUUUGAUUUUUGUAUCAUAUUGUGUAAAUUCUCACUGGAAUUUAAUACUGUAGAGAUAGCGUAGAUGUAAAAUGUAAAUUAUAAUUUAGAUGUAUAAAGUACAAAUGAGAACAUUUCUCUAUUCAUGGAUAUAAAAGAAUGAAGAUAUCAUUAACACGCUGUAACUUUAUUUGGCUUGUUUCUCAUACUUCAUUCUUAAUAUUAUUUCGUCGAAACGUUGUAUAAACUUGUAUAUAUUGUUAGAAUUAGGUGAAGUUGGGGCCGAUUGUUGCAUUUUAUUUAUGUAGUUUUCAAGGUAUAUUCUUGUUUCGAUUAUAAUAAAUACUUGACUAUUUCAAGUUUGGCAUAAAAUACUAAAAUGUCUUGAGAAUCAACUGGUGCUUCUAAGUGCCCCAGCUUCUGCUAGCGUUAACUAAAGUAAGUUAUCUACUACUCGACAAUAUGGAAUUGUGGUUUAUAAAUUGAAAAAAGUGUAAAAAAAAGUUAAUUGUAAAAAUUAAUUUAGCAAUUCUAUAUUGGUGACCUAUGAUCAGAAGAGGUUGUCGGUUGGUUGCAAGUAAUGUCACUUACCACUGGUCAGUGAGGGAAAUUAGCGUUGUCAGGCUUCUUAGUUCGAAAGCUACAUGUUUGAAAAAAGUUCGAAAGUACAAAGUUUUGGUAUUGAAGAUAUCACGAAAUGUACCAAAUUAUUUCCGAUAAAUACAAUAAGUAUUUUGCAACGGAGUUCAAUUGGUAUUGUGACGCUAAAAGAGAUAUGUGAAUGAAUUUUUGGAGCUGGGAUUAACACAAAGGGGUCAUGCAUGAGGUCAUUAGGAACUUAGUGAAGUCAUUGCCCCAGAUGCGUUUGUGAAUCGUGGCAGGUACUUUUGAUGUAAACCCUCUUAUUUGCUCUAUGGUCACGCUUCGUCGUAUAAGUUAAUGCUAGGUAUUAUAAGGGUUGUGUGCAGUGGGUGGUAGCGGUGGUAGGCGAUGGUAGGGAGGUAGAUUCGGUGCUUGACGGAAGCAGACAGUGAGCAAUGUGCCCUUCGUUACUUGUGAUAUGAACGCCUGAGGACGAUACAGCUGAUUGUUUAGUACCCACUAUUGUAUAGAAUAUUGUUAUAAUGUUAAGUGUUAAAUAUAAAUAGAUAUAUUAUCUCGCCGUUGGUAUAUUGUGGAGAAUGUCUGUUUUUAAUAUUAUUCAAAUUCAUCUCGAAAUCUAUGUUCUUUUGUAGUGACAUGUAACAUUUGUGGAAAAUUGAAUCUUAUGAGCAUAAGCUGUUGGGUAUACUAAAAUUUACGACGUAAUUUAUUGUAAAUUAUAAAUCGCAUUGUUUUAUAAGUGACGAGUGGUUUCGACGAGCUUAGCUGCGCCUCCUGCCCAUCUAUUGACAUUAUUGUAGUGAAUCAUUGAUCUCACUUGAUGUUGUUCGGAAUCACAUUCUCGUGGAAGAUGUAAAUUUCCUUCUCUAGUACUAAAGGCAAUACACCAACGCCUUAUAAAGUGAUUAUUGCUAGUGUUAAAUUGACCAAAUAUUGGAUAUCAUUCGAUAACAUGGCUAACAGCUUUUGUAAUGUUUAAAAAACAAGUCAACAUCAUUUAGGAUAUAUAGAAUGAUAUCUAAGAUGCACUGUCGGUUAUUGUAUGUGUCCAAAUGUAAAUGAUAAAAUAUUUAGUCUUAAAUAUAGUCAAUUUAACUAUUAUGAUAAUGAAUCGAAGUAGGUUUAGUUUUUGUAAUAUGGUUUCGAAAAAAAAGUUAUUUACGACUAACUUUCUAAGCUUUUAUAUGUAUAACUUGGUUGUUAACGUUUAUUUGGAUUGUGGGUAGGUCAUAACGUAGUGAUAUAACUGGCAAUAAUUAGUGUACUUCAUAUCACAUUAUCGACACUCAUGUCUAAGCCAAAUUGUUUGAAUUUUCGGCACAACACUGACAUUGAAUAGUCCCGAUAGUUCUCUGGUUAGAACUAAUACGAAUUUAUAUCGAUUAUUUUUUGUCGCGGAUCACUCUGUUAGUUGCACAAAAUGUUUCCUAGUACGAUAGGUUCCUUCUAUGGUAGCGAAUUGUUUGGGUUUUGUCUGUAUUGCACGAUUGUAUGGUUUUUGCGUAAGACUGAGCGCAGGGCCCGGAAUGUCGGUUACUACUGUAUAACGCACUUUAGCAUGUAAGUUGUGGACACUACACAUUAACGGUCUAUGGACGAUUGAAACAGAUUGAGAUGAAUCAUCGGAUUGUCCCUGUAAUGCAAAAUACAUACAUAUAAUCAACUCCCCUGCACCGAUGGUGUGUAGUGUUAAAAGUAACAAACGCUGCCUUUUAGUUAAGAUGUGUUGCAUAUUUAUUAUUGAGUAAUUUUACUGGAAUCAGCUGUCUUUAGAUGAAACUCAAAAUAUAUUGGAAAUUAAUUAUAAAAUCAAAUAAAUAUAUAUAUUUUAAAUAAAUUUGAUUUCCAGUAUUCGAGUUAACAGUCGAGCUGGCAUUUAUAACUAGGCAUUGUUAUAGAAAUACGAAAAAUAUAUUCACAUUUCUCGUGUAUAAUCCUAUCGCAGGUGGCUGUGACAUAGAACAUAGGACUUUGACUGUUAUAUUUGCUAGCCGCUUGAUUUCCGAGUGGCAAAUUGUUGUAACAUUUGUUUUAAAAUGGAUUCUGUUAAAGUUCCGUUCGACCAGAAUAAACUAAGUUUAAUACGACGCCGUGGUUUCUAAAUUGAAACUUAUUGUGUGAAUCAAGUUUUAUGACUCUUAAUAAUUUCCUUUGAGGUUAUACUUUAAUUUUUGCUUGCUGGCAAGCGUCAUGCUUCGCAUUGGACAUGCUCUUAUCGUAAAAUUCUGGUCUACACGCGAAUUUUCGCUUGAUAACGCUUUGUGGAUAAUCCACCACAAAUGGUGAAGACACUACAUUUUAUCUUAAGAUAAGAAAAAGAAACAAGUAUAGUUGCACUAGAGCGAGAUAAAUAAUAGUGAGAUGGGCUUAAAUCAUAUCGGUUACCAUUUAAGCAUCAAAAUUCACUUAUUUCUGAUUUCAAUGUAGAUUUAAUGUAAAUUGUUACAUUUUGUAUAUUAGUUUGAAGAGUUUAAUUAGUGGAUGUUCCUGAUAGUUUUAAAUCUGAUCAAAGUACGCAUGAGUCAAGACGGACUUGCUAGUUUAGCAGAGCAGCUUUUAAUUCACCAAGUUCAAGUGCCAAUGUGUUUCUUUUUUUUUAAGAAUUGUUAUUGGUUCAAAAUCAAGUAUCCAAAAAUGGCUAUUUCACAUUGAACUCAGGAUAAUUAUGUUCUUCGAUAUUUUUAAUCCCAAUGCUCGUUGUCGAAUCGUACGAAAUGCUGUUUUUCUUUGUCAGUUAGCAAAAGUUACAGCUGACGACACGUCCAAAUUAGUCACUCUUCUUCACUCUUGUGAAUCAUCUCCCUAAUGGUUAUCCCGUUUCCACGGGAUCCGCUUACCUAACCUGAAUUUUGGACAGGUCCGGUUUUGUUACAGAAGCGACGGCCUAUCUGACCAUUCAAUGGAAGUUAGGUCACAUACCUCCGAAACGCAUUUCCCGGGAAUGUGGGUUUCCUCACGAUAUUUUCCUUCACCUCUGAGCAGGUAUGAUCCAAACAUGAAUUCGAAAACAAAUUCGAAAAUCAAUUGGCCCGGGCUGCAUUCGCACCUGCGAUCUCAGUGAGAGUCGAGUGUUCUUCCAACUGGGAUAUUACGGUUCUUUUCCAUAUUCACUCUUAUGAAUAAAUAAUAUUUACCAGUCAAGUUUGACAUUGCUUUGGAAAUCUUACACGACCGUGAAUGUAGAUCUCUAUAUAAGCAUUUCAAUUCAACAAAAUCAAACACAACAUUUGUCUUAGCUUUUGCUAUUCAAACACUAUUAGUAAGAGAGCUUGUUAAUCGAAUAGAAUAUUUUUAAAAUAUUUUAAUAAUUGAUGUAGUAUUUAAUAUUCGGGUUGAUCGAACCGCUCUCUGGUUGCACAAACGUUUAUACGUGGCUGGUCGUUAAGAUUUAUAAACAACUUCCAUAGGCCUGUCUCUUCAGUUUGUACCAAGUAUUGUUUCGAAUUACUAUCUAGUCCCCAUCAGAAUUCACUAUGGUGCAAUGUAAUAUUUUAUUUACCGCAGUUAUCAAGUCUUGCCGUCAUACGUGUAAAAUGUUGAACUCGAAUUUUCCUCCAAAUGAACCUUUGGAUAAUGCAAUAGUCUAUAGGAUAACAAUACGAAACAGUAACGAUAAACAAUGAACACUAUGGCGGUCUAUCUACUUAGGUUUUAAAGAUGUAUGUAAUAAUGCUUAUUAUUAAUUAUAAUUAUUUUUAUACGAGAGGUUUCAUUAUUUAAGUUACGGUUAAUUUUAGUGAUAAGACCCAAGGCUGUAUUAAUAAAGGAGUGUUUUUCCCCAAUGAAGCCAAGUUGAUUUUUAUUGUAAUUUUGUUUAACCUACUGAUUUUAUAAUUGCGUAAAAAUACUCCUGUUGAUCGUUAUAGACAAUGCACAAGUUGGAAAUUAAAAGGCAAAAUUCAAAUAAAUUUAUGAAAUGCGCAUUGUCUAUCACGGUCAGCUUUAUAAGUUGUUAUGUGGAUAUGUGUGUAUGACUAAUUAUAAAAAUAAUCCUUUAUUUUGGUAACAAAUUGGUGUUAUGAAAAUUUUGUGAAUAAAAUAUGGUGUCAUUCUGAAAA